UGAGAAUCAAGAUGGCGACCAGCGACGACGAGCCCAUGCACCUAUACGAAGUGUUUCAAAAUUGUUUUAAUAAGAUUGCAAAUAAACAACCCGAAAAGCCCGGUUUCCAGUCUCCUUAUGGCACGAUGGACAAUGGCAUGUCCUACGGGAACAGUUACGGCGGUACGGGGAGCGAACCGUUCGGACCCGACUCGCCGUAUUUUCCCUUCAGCAAUCCACCUCGUCGCCAGCCAUCAACAGGUCCCACGGUGAAACGGCGGAAAGAGUAUGGGUCGGAUGAAUUCGGCCAUGACUCCCCACGAUACACCUCACCGAAGGCAGGAGGGCUAUAUGGUGGAGAGCCAUACUACCUUGAUGGUGCAAGUGGUGGUACUGGUGAUCCAUGGACAGGUGGUGGUCAGCUGCAGACCGGCCACUACUCUGCAUACAGUUCUCCAGCUAUCCUGUCAGGAGCACCACCGUCUACACAUUUGUCACAGUCUACCUUUCCUCCACCGCCAAUCCAUCUUGCUCAUGAUGCAAUGGCUUACGGAGCCAUGUCGCCAGGUGGCGUUACGAGCUCUCAGCAAGAUAAUUCCCUCCUCGGUACUCAAUCUGCCACAAGUCUUCCACCAAUGUCAAGUUUUCGUGGUGGUGGAGGGCAAGGUCCAGGUCCAGGUGCUGGGACAACCCCCACCACAGCGGGCACCGCUGUGGGAGUUCCUACUUCAAGCCCUGCAACUGCUGCUCUCUAUGUUAGCCCACAGCCAACUACACCGGGGGACACACUUGGCAAAGCAUUGGCAUCAAUAUAUCCCACAGACCAAAGUGUGAGCAGUUACAGUUCAAAUCCCUCAACACCUGUUAGCUCACCUCCUCCACUGACAGGUGGUAGUGGUGGUCAGGCGUGGCCUCCAAGUAAUGCUGGUCCACACCCCAGCACUCCCACAUCACCGCAUUAUGCAGCAGAUCGCACUUUACAUAUGGCUGCCCCUGAACAACAGAGGCUAGAUGCAGCAAUAGGUUUUCUUCGAGACCAUGCUGAGGGCACACGGAUGGAGGAGAGAUUAGAUGAUGCGAUUAAUGUACUUCGCAACCAUGCAGAGAGCCAAGCUUUGGGGCUGCAUGCUGUUGCAUCAUCUACAUUGCAGACACAUUCCAAUGGACUACUUAGUUCUUAUCAUCACACCCAGGCAGCUAUUGAGUCACAUCUGCCCAGUCCUCACCCAGGCACUCCAGGAUCAACAGUUGGUGCAACUCAGAGCUCGUAUCCUGGUCUUGCACCUACACCUGACACAGAUGGACCAAUUAAAAUAGAAAGGCUGUCUGGAGCAACAUCCAAAAAGCGCAAGGAACCUCCUGGAGCAAGCUCUGACACCAAACCUAGCAGCAGUGAAUUGGGAAGUAGCCAGACCAGUACAGGUCCUAAUACAGCUGUGCAAGCAAACUCAACUUCUGGCCAAAAGGGAUCCAAACGUUCAAGGAGAUAUUGUUCAAGUGCGGAUGAAGAUUGUGAAGACCCAAACACAAAGGCAGUUCGUGAAAAAGAACGUCGACAGGCCAAUAAUGUUCGUGAGAGUUGUUCGAGUGCCGAUGAGGAAGAGGACCCUGAUACAAAAGCAGCUAGAGAAAAGGAGAGGAGACAAGCCAACAAUGCAAGGGAAAGGAUACGUAUCCGGGACAUAAAUGAAGCUCUUAAGGAGUUGGGACGGAUGUGCAUGACACAUCUGAAGACCGACAAACCACAGACAAAAUUGGGCAUCCUCAAUAUGGCAGUUGAAGUGAUAAUGAAUCUUGAGCAGCAAGUACGAGAACGAAAUCUGAAUCCCAAGGCUGCAUGUCUGAAAAGAAGAGAAGAAGAAAAGGCUGAGGAUGGGCCCAAGCUGUCGAGUCACCAUUUGGGUCAUCCCGGACCCCAUUUAACGCAGACGUCAUUCCCUACUAUGCCUGGCCCACCUCUACCACACAACCCAACCCAGCCGCAGUAGCAGAGGUGGAUGCUGAAGGGUUUGCACUAUGAUUUUGGUUGAAGCACAUCUCUUUCACAAGUUAUGAUAUGUGAAUUUUUUCUGAAGCUGUCAGAGUGAGAUGGUGCUCAGUCUUUGUGAAUUACGUGUGCAAACUGAAAAAGCUUCAUGUUUAGUUUAAUAAAUGUGAAGUAAUAUGUGCGCAACUAUCACAGAAAUAUACUGUAUUAACCUCCAUAUCAUUGGUUGGAAGACAGCUAAAAUCGUUUAUUGAACCUGAAAAAGAGUAGUAGUUUUUAAAAGACUUUGUGAUGGUCCUAAUUAAAGAAAAGAGAAGACUUUUGAAGACUUAAGACACUAUGAGCAGUAACCUGCAGUUGCAGAGCAGUGCUUUGCAUGCUUUAUUUUUUAAGAAAAGUGAUGGAUGACAUGCAUCUCUAUGUUUGUAUGUGUAUGUAAAGCAUACAGCCAAACAUCCUUUUGUGGAUGUAGGUACCCCGAGUGAAAGCAGUUAUAUUAAGGCCAGUAAGCAAGUCGUAGCAAGACCAGAACAUUUUCCAUCAGGCAUGUAACAUUUGUUAUGUACCAGUAAUUAUGACCAAACACAUGAGAUUUGUUUGCCUAUAUAUUUUUUUUAUUUUUUCCAUUACAUGAAUAAUUGCUGAUAUGCUAGUACUUGUUCAGUAUGAUGAACAUUCACAGUGCAACAUAGGGCCCAGACAGAUGUAGACAGCUUUGCCUUAUCGGUAAAUAUACAGUUGUAGACAUAGAGCAGAGCGUGAACAUGUGUGUGCUAAAAUUUUGUUACAUAUAAAAUACACUGAAGUAGUG